ACGAGCAGCUGUCACCAACAGGGACGAUCAAUAAGAUGCAGAUUUCCCACAGGCCUGUGCAGUGGCUCGCUGUCAUGCUUCUUGUCAACUUUACAACCGCCCAGUGUCAACAGAACGAGAGUCGUCGAGCUGUGACCGAACACCAGCUGAUGCACGACCGCAGCCGAAACAUCCAGAGUCUCAAGAGACUCAUCUGGCUGUCCAGCGCCAUCGAGGGUCUCCACACCGCCCAGACUCGGUCUGCUACGUACAGCCCCACAAAGGUCCUGAACCUGUCUCUGAAUCCAGCGCUGGUCCCUGCUGCUGUGAGCCCCCAGCCCACCCGUGUGCAAAGCCUCCUGAGAGACUUCUUUAAUCCCUACCUGACUCAACAGCCAGACAGAGAAGCAUAACGUCACUUUGAUACACAAACAUAAAGUGAACAUGUAUAUAAGAAAUAAUCAUUAUCAUUUGUAUCAUUUGUCUUUGGUGCUAAGACACUAAGACACUUCUUCAGGUGCAGACAUGUCCAAAUGUCUUCAAGAGUUUAAAAGCAGAUUAAAUGUUUUGUUCAAGAGGGGGUUCAUUCCUGUUCCUAGGGUCCUGCUUUCCCCACAUGUAUAUGGCACAUAAUGGGAACCUGAAAAAGCUGUUAGCUGUUUUGACCAAAAGUUUAUUUUGGAGAGGAAGAGACAUCUGCAGAUAAUUCACCUGAUGGUAAAAACCUCCUGAACAAUGAAUACAGAGGGAAUUCUAAACAGGAGAAGUUUCCGCUGGUUGUAAUCUGCAAUCCUUACCGCUAGACACAACUAAAUCCCCCUAAAUCGUACAUACUGUUCCUCUAAUAAGACAUGAGUUUGGUUAGGGGUCUAUAAUCACGAUCCUGAGAGUCCUGAAAUUUCACUGGCACAGGUCUCAGUCUAGAUAUUAGUUACUCUUUCUGCCUGAACAGUAAGUCCCAAACUCAUCUCAACUCUAAAUUCAAAAUAAUAACAAUUAGUCAUCCAAUUAAUUCACCAGUUAAAAGAGAGGAAAAUGGAAAACAAAUGAUAAAAAAGGAGAAAAAUAAUUAUUUAACCUUUUGGGGUUAGGAAAUCGAUAGGUAACUACUGCCAUGUCCAUACAGGUUUUGAUAAGGAGAGAGGUCCGGUGUCAGGUUAGAGUCAGAGAGCUCUAACAAUCAACUACUGCUUUCACCAAAGGUCAGGGUUAACUGGAUUUUUUAAUAUAUUUAUGAUAUAUUUUAACUUGAAAUGGGUCAAAUUUGACCCAGAC